UUUUGUUAUGGCUUUUCAGGAACUCAAGAACCUCAGGCCUCAACUUUAUUCUGCUGCAGAGUAUUGUGAAAAGUCGUAUCUUCACAGUGAGCAGAAGCAAAUGGUACUGGACAACCUGAAGGAUUAUGCGAUACGAGCUCUAGUCAAUGCCGUUGAUCACCUAGGAACUGUUGCUUCCAAACUGACCGACCUCCUGGAGCAACAUACUUUGGAUAUUUCAGCCAUGGAUCUGAAAAUUACGUGCCUGAAUCAGCGACUUGUAACAUGUCAAGUAUAUAUGGAUAAAGAAGGUCUUAGGCAGCAGCAGUUAUUAGCUAUCAUCCCAAGGCAUCACAAACGUUACAUCUUGCCUAAUUCUACGAACAAGAAGGUUCACUUCAGUCCACAUAUACAGACAGAUCCUAGGCAACAUAUCCUAGCAAAACCUCAUCUUUACUCUUCAGGUGCUUCUGCAGCGAAAACUCUUUCGUGGCAUUUAGCAUCAGAAACCAAGUCUACCUUGAAAGGGUCUCCUCGUAGGAUUAUGAGCAGUGAGGACCCAAAAACAUCUGGAAGAACCUUUAGUUCAUUCAAUAUCUUAGAGGUGGAAGAGAGUGCCCGUACGAAAUUCACACCAGCAUCAAGUUUUGCUAUACAAACACGUGUUGCUUGGAGGGAUUCUCAGGAGAGCUCCAGUGUUUUGAUGCCAUUUAGAUCGUUUGGUAAUCCAACUCGAAGAGAGACUGUUCGGACUCCAGUUCGUAGCAAGAGUGUGCUUUCAUCCUUCUUUGUCAAGCAGAAGAAUCAAAAACUGAAGACAAUUGCAUGAAACCUUUUGCAAACGCAAAGUACUUUCACUUGCACUAAAUUUUCUUCCAUGUUGAAGCAAAUUGCCCGUAAUUAUAUCAUGCUCUUCUUGAUUUUGGGCUCCAUCAAUGAACAACCAUUAGAAGGUCAGUAUCAGAUCAUAUGAAGCCAUCUAUCAUUCUGAUCAAUGACAAGUUGGAAGUGUAUAUUAGUGGUUACGGAAGACUCGGAAAUUGUCUUGUGCAGAAUAUUAAUACUUAAUUCUGUAUGGUGCCUUGGCUUCGUUUGAUGUAGUGGGAUAAUAUUAUCAUUUCUUGAUAAAAAAUAAUUGUCAUAAUCAAAUAGAAAAUGAUCUAAUUAUUGUUUUAUUUGGCUCUGGUUAGAUGUGAGCAUUACAUAAGAUAAAAGGGAAAAUUGCAUUGCUAGUUCUUACCAUUGGAA